UAAUUAUUCCCCUUGCCAACCGGAAGUAAAUAUGUUCUGUUGUAAACAGGUUGAAUUUGUGACUGAUGAACUACGAUUUAUGCUUUGACAGUGUUGUAGAAUGAGUAUUUGCUUCAGUUCACAGACUGAUAAUGUCCGGCCUCCUUGAUGCCAUUACCGGAAACAAUGUACAGUUACUGAGAUCAAUUCUUCUUGAACAUCAAUACAGCCAAGCAGAUUUAAAAGAUGGUUUAUUUUUCGCUUGUGGUAGUGGUAACAUUGACUGCGCUGUUGCUGUUUUAGAGACUGGGAUAUCACCUAAUGUCCACAACAACGAGGAAUAUACACCUUUAACUCUAGCAUCCAGAGGCGGACACAGUGCAACUGUCGAUCUCCUCAUUAGAUGGAAUGCUGAUGUCAAUCUUGCAGGUGGUUCCAUAGGAAACAGUCCGUUACAUUAUGCUUCAAAUGAUGGUUAUUUGGAAAUAUGCCGUCUUCUAAUAGAUUCAAAGUGUGACAUAAAUAUAUGUAACUCACGUGCAGAUACACCGCUAAUUUUAGGCUCUACAAAUGGUCAUUUGGGAAUCGUUGAGUACUUGCUUGAGAAAAACGCGUCUGUUAGGCGUAGAGGUUACCAUGAAAGAACUGCACUUCAUUGUGCAACUGAAAACGGUCACUUAGAAGUUUGCCGCCUUCUUAUAAAUGCAAAUGCUGAUCUCGAGGAGGAAGAUACAUUCGGGAACACACCUUUAAUAUGUGCUGCUGAAAAGGGGUUUGUUGAAGUUUUAAGGCUGCUUCUUCGUCACAAUUGCGAUGUAAAUCGAAUGAGUCAUAGUGCUGCCACUGCCCUACAUUUUGCAGCACAACAUGGAGACGUUGAGGUCUGUAGUCUUUUACUAGACGGAGGAGCAGAAAUAGAUGCUCAAGAUAUACGUAAAUUUACACCAUUGAUGAUGGCAUCCCUGAAUGGUCACGACGAAAUAAUUAAUCUCUUGGUUAAUCGAAAAUGUAAUGUAAAUAUGGCUGCCUACAACAAGAGAACAGCUCUCCAUUUAGCAGCAGAAAGGGGAAACCUUCAGUGUUGUAAAGUAUUACUGAAGGCCGGGGCAAACAUCGAUGCCCAAGACUCACUAGGCUGUACACCGAUCUACAAUGCUGCUAUUAAAGGCCAGGCAAGUAUCGUCCGCUUCUUCAUAUCAAAUGGUGCUGAUUUGGUUGUCCGACCGAAAAACGGAAAUUCUCUUCUUCAUUUCGCAGCUUCUGGAGGUAGCAUGGAAUGCUGCCAGGAGCUAAUUGAUUCUGGAUUUGAUGUUAAUGCUCAAAAUCGAGAUGGCAUAACGCCAUUGAUAUCAGCCGUGAACGGUAAGCAGAUAAAGGCGGCUCGAUUUUUGCUUGAUGCUGGUUCAGAUACAAAUUUUAAAGGUUUACAUGGUAUGACAGCACUCAAUGAAGCUGUUUUUUAUAACUGUCCACAGCUUGUUGCCUUGCUUCUUGAACGUGGUGCUGAUCCAGACAUUGAAGAUGAUGCCGGAACAUUGCCGCUAUGGUUUGCUGUUGACGGCUUUAGUAUUGAAUCUGUUAAAUUGUUGUUGAAUGCUAACUGUAGGUACAAUGUACAGUCGACAUUAAGUAGCUACUGUGGACCAUGCAAUCCUAUUGAACAUGCCGUCCACAAAAAGAAAAGGCAGGUUCUUCGUUAUUUAGUCGCUGCUUAUUGUGAAGAAACUUUAAAUAUUUUGAGAAAUCACCUGCCAGUUGUGGAGAAAAUGACUGCGCUAGAACCGGACAUGGUCGAUUAUACUAGAAACCUUGCUGCAGUUCCGCGUCCAUUGACGGAAUACUGCCGAAAUCGUAUACGAAUCUGUUUGGGAAGGCAGACCAAUCUUCCAAAAAUAGUAGACAAGCUCAACCUACCGACAUCAAUCAAAACUUUCAUUUUAUUUGGGGAAUUGGACACUGAGUAGACUAGUCACAAACAUAUUUUAGACGCGUUAGUAUAUGUAGGUAUGCAUGGGUAUAAAACUUAUGAAACAUGCAGUAUAUAUGAAAAGAAACUUCAAUUUUUACAUGAUUCUCAUAAGUAUUGGUUAUCUAUUUGUACAAUGUACAUUUCCAAGGUCUUUCUUCGCUCCUUUGUUAUCCCAGUAAUUACAUUAUAUAUGUAAAUUGACGACUGAGACCUUUUGCAUUUUAAAAAUUUGUACAAAAGAAACACAACUCGGAGGAAUAUCCUGUCGACAUAAUGCGAUCGAUCGCAUACUGCAUAAAAUUUAACCUUGUUAGUUACUCGGAUGCAUUAACUUUAUGUUCCAAGGUGAUGUACCGUACAGCUCGUCUGGUACAUGUCACUUCCAACUACAAUUGAAAGCUUUGUUUGAACCUCUGAGAUUGGGAAAACAAGGUCAAAUCAUUUCCAUGUUCAGUUGGACGAAUUAGGAUUUGCAUUCAUCCAAUGUAUUAGGCAGAAUUAAGCAAACAUUUAAAUGAAUAUAUAGUCAGACCAUUAAUAAACACUUGCAUUUUAAUAAACAAUUUUUACAAGAGUUACCCGUGUUCAAUGAACGUAGUCUCGAUGGAAUAAGCCAUAAACUGCUCAAAUUACAAAAAGCUCAAAUCGUCAAAAAGAUACCAGUUUUGUAUGUCAAAUGAUGGCAUGAUCUUACAAUAAUAAAAGUGCUCAUUAAACAACUGAAUACGAAAUAGUGCGCUAAAAAUCAGGAUGGAUAUAACUCAGAAAAUUUAUAAUUUUCUUUUUAGUCCAGUGGAUUUAUUAAGUCAUAAGUAUUACAUCCAGGACAAAAUAAGCCAAAUUGUUCAAUUAUACACCAAGUAUCGGUUCAAUACAGACCUCGUAAAUAAAAAAAUCUCCUUUUCGGGAUUUUUAAGGGUCGUUUAUGUCUAAAAAUUAACAGAUUCAAACUCAAAUUUGGCCCUAACCAAGUAAAAUAUCUAUAAUCCAUCGAUACAUACUAAAAUCAGAUAUCAUAUUCACAGAGAUAGCCAUUAAAAACUACCAUUUUGUCUGUAUUUUUUUAUAUCUAGAAACAGUGACCAUGUUGGUUGGUUAACAACUUUUUGAAAUUUGAUUAACUACGUAGGGAUCGUUUUUGCCACGUUUAGAUCAGUUGGCAAAUAUACCAAAUGAUAAGAAGCGCUCACACUGGUUACUUUGCCGUUUUGUUCUAUUAGAUUAUUGCACAUUCUUAUCCAAGAGAAGUCGAAUUCUCGUUUGAGUGUUUUUAGCCUCAAUACAUUUGUAGUAUCACUGUAUUAUACACUUGCAUAACUGGGACCAAUGAAUGAUAGACAGGUCUGGUAUCGAUCGUAAUAGCAAAUUUCUAUUUUUUAUAUCGGAACUUUCACAAUUCACAUUUAAGCUGGUCGUCGUUAGUGAAGAAAUAAAUAAUUGUUUUUAAUAUUAAAAAAGGGAGCCUAGGGAACAAUACACAUAUAUUUUCCUUCAUAUGAUGAUAAAUACUACUAAAGAGAUAUGUUGUGACCAUGGAAGUAUUAUAUUUAAUACUUCCAUCUUGUGACUUAAUAAUAUAUAUGGAAGGUUAAAGUUUAACAGAUUUUUUUUUCAGAAGAAAACUUUAAGAACAGGGGCAUCUGUCAAACUCCAUGUUUUUUCUAAUAUAUUUAAAUGUUUAAAUCAUAUACAGCUGUUGUUACAAAUGUGGCUUUACCAUAGCAUGUACCAAUUUUAGAUGUCUGCAAAUAUUAUUGUUACGGAUAUAUUUACGUGUUAAGCUUUUUUGCAGUUUAUAACCUUUUUAAUUUAAAUGAACAUAUCUUUUAAUGCUGUACGUGUUAUAUGAUAAUCAAAUAAAGGUGAUAAAAUGUU